UGCCUCAGCUGCUCAGGUGUGCUAGCAGCAGCAGAGUCACCCAUGCCUAGCACAGCAUUACAAACAUCAGCAACACAAUAUGGGAAGCCUUCAUUUCAUUUUAUAUGACAGGAGGAGUUUCGCAAUGAGACCAAGCUUGGGGUUUUAUCAUCUCCUGCUGUUCUUUGUGCUGGCUGGACAAACAGACGAAUAUUAUACAGGUGGUGCUGAAAACAACAAUGAGGUGGAGAAUCAAGCUGUGGAUUAUGAAGGGCGUUUCCAAGUAGCAUUUAACCCAUCUCCCAUGUUGGCUUUUGUGCCUGCAAGAAGCUGCCAUGUCCAGUUCAGGAAAGAUUUUGGAACAUUUUCUCCACCAGUAUUUUAUGGAAAUAUAGAUGUCAAUCUGUGGUGUAACUGGACUGUAUUGGCUGCUCCAGGAAAACAUAUUGUGAUCUACAUCACUGGAUUCAGGACAAAUGAAGACUGUAAUGAGAACCAUGAUGAAAUAGUUUUUGAGGGAGUAUCGUCAUCUGUAGAAAGCUCCAUUGUGUAUGCUUGCUGGAAUAAGCAUACCCAUGUGUUUGCCACUCAAGCCUUAGCAGUCAAUGUUGUAUUACUCUGGAGAAGUUUCUCACAUCAUGGUUCAAAGAGAUACUUUAUAGGAAGAUACUAUGUCUUUAAUGACCCAGUCUUUGAACCAAUGGCUCACGUUUGGGAUUCCUCAUUGGUGACAAACAAACAAAAUAAAUCCACCAGUGUUGCGAUAACUACAGUGUAUUCUUCUGCACUUCCAAAAUCUUCCAUCAGUAAAAUAUUUCAUACAAUCACCAAAGUCGAACGAGAACAACAUUCAGCAAUCCAAGCUCACUGGCCAACCCUCAAAUUUAAUGAAAUAAUGGUCAGUCAUGAAAGUGACUUGCACACGGAUAUUUCAAGCACAGUAGUAUGUCACUUUUCACCAUCCUAUGACACAUCUACAGUACUGUGGCCAGCAGGAUCACCUGCUUAUGAAGCUGCUGACCAAAAAGAGCACCUAGAGAGCUGGACAUCAGGAAGCCUAGAACCAAGUCUUGUGAGGACAUGGGAAGCCAUGUCCCAAACUAUAUGGGCAUCCAAAGUGGCCCCCUCUCAAUUGAUUCCUGAGACACCAUAUGUAAAUAUUACAUACACUACUGAGCUUUCUGAGCAGCUUCCUUUCAGUAUAUCCCAUGCUAUUAGGAUUCCUGAGACACAGCACUUCAGUAAACAUUCUAUAAUUAGGCCCACAAAUGUCAGUGUAUACCAUGUUGUUGAGAACACUGUGUUACUAAGUUUCAGUACUUCCCUUAAAGUAGAGCCCCAAGGCUCUUCCCACUUCAGUACAGCCCACACAAUUGAUUUCACUCAGGUGCCAGGUUUCAGUGUAGUACAUACUGCUGGGGGCCAUGACCAUCCACUUUUCAGUAAACCCUAUGCUGCUGAACUUGUUGAGGACCCACAUUUCAGCAUAGCACACACAGUUGCACUCUCUGGGAUCCCAUAUUUCAGUGUAGAGCCGACUGUUGAGUUCACAAAGAUGCCACAUCCCAGUGUAGUCUCCCUUACUGAGCUUCUGGAAAAGGAACAUCCUCAUGUAGUUCCCUCUGUUGGGUUCCUGGAUAGUGAAAAUCCCAGUAUAGCUGCCUCUGUUGAGCUCCCAGAGAUGCCACAUCCCAGUGUAGCACCCCUUAUUGAGCUUCUGGUGAUGAAACAUUCUCAUGUAGCCACUACUGUUGAGAUCCCAGCGAUUCCACAUGCCACUAUAGCUGCCUCUGCUGAGAUCCCAGCAAUGCCAUAUCCCAUUAUAGCAACAACUGUUGCAAUCCCAACGAUGCUACAUGCCAGUAUAGCGGCCUCUGUUGAGCUCCCUGUGAUGCCAUAUCCAAGUGUAGCUUCCUCUGUUGAUCUCCUUGAGAGGAUACAUCCCUAUUUAGCCUCCUCUAUUGAGCUCCAAGAGAUGCAACAUCCCAUUAUAGCCACCACUGCUGAGCUUUCAGAGAUGCUUCAUCCCAGUGUGGCGGUCUCUGAUCUACCAGAAGUUCCACAUCUCAGAGUAACCCCCUCUGUUAAGUUUAUAAACAUGUCAUAUCCCAGUUUAAAUAUCUCUGUUGAGCUCAAAGAAAUGCAACAUCCCAUUGUAGCCCCCUAUUUUGAGCAAUUGGAGAGGCCGCAUCCCAGUGUGGCCACAUCUGUUGAACUCACAGAAAUUCUAUAUCUCAUGGUAACCCCCUCUGUAAAGCUUCUGGACAUGCCACAUCCCAGUAUAGUUCCCUCUGUUGAGCAGCCAAAGAGCCCAUAUCUCAGUGAGGCACAGAAUAUUGAUUUCAUGGAGAGCUCACAAAUGAGUGCUGUUGUUGCUACUGACCUUCCUGAAAUGUCAAAAUUCAGUGUACUUAACUUUCCUCUACAUUCUUCAACAGAACAACCUUUUGUAGCAAGCUAUAUAAGCACCAAGUCAAUAAAUAAAGACAUAGCCGGACAAAUUGCCAAUGAUCCUUAUCAUAAGGUAAAAUAUAAAUCCUCUCAAUUUGUUUCUCCUGGCAAACCCCCUUUUAAACUCAACAGUUCCAUCUUGGGCUUUCCGAUACUUAGGCUUAACUCAACCCAUCUAUCAGCUGUUAAACAACCACUUUUUACUUUGUCUCCAAAAAGUUCUGUAAUCGUAUCAAAUCACCAAAUACUGCCUGGGGACAAUUCUCAGAUUGCACCAAAAUUCCCUAAUGAAACCAUAUUUUCUGGCCAUGCCACUCAAAUUUCAGAAACUAUAAACCAGAUGGCUAUCCUAAUUCAAAAUGCUUCUCCUAUAGCCGCUGGAACACAGACUAUGAAAACACGAGACUAUAAACAUACAGAAUCUAUUACAAAACCCACAAGAGAGUUGCAGCUUUGGCAAGUAAAACAAACUACAGAUGCAACAGAUCCUAAAUAUCUACCUCUGCCAAAUAAUAAAUGGCAAACUUCAACAUUUGCAAACGAGGCAACCACCACAAGAUUGACAAUUGCUGAAAUAAAGAGCACUUCCAUCUACCAGACAAAUUCUGAUCUUGAUCUUUUCCAAAAAGAAGACAUUCAACCAAAGAGUGACUCUUUAGAUAACCUGAAUACAGUUCGCUUCUUUGGAAAUCAAACCAUUCUAGGAUUUCCUCAUGUUCCUGGAGACUCCUUAUUUGCAAUUACUACUGAAAUUGAGCACAAAAAUAAGGUUUUGAAGGGGCUGGAAAAAGAGCUUGUUGAGUCAGUCAGCAAAAAGAUUACAGAUAUUUAUUUUCCCAAUGGAGUAACCUCGCUCAUGCUAAAAGAAAUCAGAUGGACAAAUAUGAGCCGAGUAAUUCUGACUUUUUGGCUACAUUUGAAAAAUGGAGGGAAAGCAAUGAACGACUUCCUAAAAACUCAACUAAAAGCACUGGAAAGCCACAGUCUAGGGUCAUUCAAUGCAGUGUUGGUAUCCUUCUCAGUUGAAGAUGUGAACGAGUGCCAGCUUGGGAUCCAGAACUGCAGCAUUAACGCCUAUUGUGUGAAUACAUUUGGCACUUAUUCUUGUCCUUGUCUGAGUGGGUACAAGGAUCAUUCUCCUGCUGCUUCGGGGACUGUAUGUAUUUCAUCUCAGCCUGCAGAAAUAUACUCCUUAUCAGAACAGCUGGAGAUUCUCGUUGGUUCCAUCAGCAGUGUUGCUGCCACCUUGCUCCUCUUUGUAGCCAUUCUCUGUAUUAUUAAACAAAGGAGACGUGCCAAAGCUAAGUUCAACCUGCAGAACCGGACAACAAUGCAGCAUGGUGCACAUGUAAGAAGUCCAUACACUGUUAACCAAUCUGAACUUGGCCAAGCCCUAUCUGUUCCCACUAUGCACCAGUCACUCCAACAUACUCGAGAACACUACCCUGCCAGAGAGACCUCAAGCACAGUAGAACUGACUGUUGAGCAGACAGCAUGUUAAUACUAUUUGUUAGACAGUGACUGCAUCUGAAUUCCAGGUGCAACUAGGUUAAGCUGUGCAUUAAUUAAACAAAUACAAAAAUA